AUCUGUACAAGGACGUCAUGAUGGAGAAUCACCGGCCUCUCACAUCACCAGUUAAGGAAGAGAGAACAACAACCGAGAGAUGUCCCAGUCCUCUUCUUCCACAGAAUAAUUCAAAAGGACAUCACUAUGUCCCACAGGAGGAUCAAGUAGAUCGAUAUAACAUCAUGAUGGAGAAUCACCAACCCCUCACACCACCAGUUAAGGAAGAUAGAAGAACACCGGCGGGAUGUCCGUGUCCUCUUCUUCCACAGGAUGGUUCAGAAGAACAUCACAAUGUCCCACAGGAUGAUAAGCUUGUGAAUCCGGGUGAAGAUCGGAACAAUAUUAAUCCUACAGAGACCUAUGUGAGGGGUGAUGAGCAGAGUACAGAGGACAUUCCUGCAGAUAACCGCCCAGAGGACUGUACCAGGAACUUAGAGAAACAUCUGGUAUCUUCAGAUCUUGAAGUUGAUGAUCGUGGUAUCAUACAAGAUAUAUAUGAAGAGCAUGCCAAUAUCCAAGAUAUAUCUUCAUCCAAUCACGGCAGAAAUGUGUUAUUUGAUCCUUUUGAACAGGUCCAAUCUUCUGAUUCAUCACAGACUGUAACACAGAAUAAAAGUCACAGAAAAGGUGUUAAACAUCCAACAGCUCAUGUAAGAGAGAAGACUUUUUCAUGUUUAGAAUGUGGAAGAUUUUUUAGAUAUAAAUCAGAAUUAGUGAGACAUCAGAGAAAUCACACAGGGGAGAAGCCAUAUUCAUGUUCAGAAUGCGGUAAAUGUUUUAAGCUUAAAUCAGCUCUUGUUAUACAUGAGAGAAAUCACACCGGGGAGAAAGCAUUUUCAUGUUCAGAAUGUGGGAAAUGUUUUAAUUAUAAACAAGGUCUUGUUGUACAUCAGAGAAUUCACACAGGAGAGAAUCCAUAUCCAUGUUCAGAAUGCGGUAAAUGUUUUAAGCUUAAAUCAGCUCUUGUUAUACAUGAGAGAAAUCACACCGGGGAGAAAGCAUUUUCAUGUUCAGAAUGUGGGAAAUGUUUUAACAAUAAUUCACAUCUUGUUUUACAUCAAAGAACUCACACAGGUGAGAAGCCAUUUUCAUGCUCAGAAUGUAGUAAAUGUUUUAAGUGUAAACAAGCUCUUGUUGUACAUCAGAGAAUUCACACAGGAGAGAAUCCAUAUCCAUGUUCAGAAUGCGGUAAAUGUUUUAAGCAUAAAUCGGCUCUUGUUAUACAUGAGAGAAAUCACACCGGGGAGAAAGCAUUUUCAUGUUCAGAAUGUGGGAAAUGUUUUAGCAAUAAUUCACAUCUUGUUGUACAUCAGAGAAUUCACACAGAAGAGAAGCCAUUUUCAUGCUCAGAAUGUAGGAAAUGUUUUAAGUAUAAACAAGCUCUUGUUUUACAUCAAAGAACUCACACAGGUGAGAAGCCAUUUUCAUGCUCAGAAUGUAGGAAAUGUUUUAAGUAUAAACAAGCUCUUGUUGUACAUCAGAGAAUUCACACAGAAGAGAAGCCAUUUUCAUGCUCAGAAUGUAGGAAAUGUUUUAAGUAUAAACAAGCUCUUGUUUUACAUCAAAGAACUCACACAGGUGAGAAGCCAUUUUCAUGCUCAGAAUGUAGGAAAUGUUUUAAGUAUAAACAAGCUCUUGUUGUACAUCAGAGAAUUCACACAGGGGAGAAGCCAUAUCCAUGUUCAGAAUGCGGUGAAUGUUUUAAGCAUAAAUCAUCUCUUGUUUUCCAUCAGAGAGUUCACACAGGGGAGAAGCCAUUUUCAUGUUCAGAAUGUGGGAAAUGUUUUCACAAUAAUUCACAUCUUGUUAUACAUCAAAGAACUCACACAGGUGAGAAGCCAUUUUCAUGCUCAGAAUGUAGUAAAUGUUUUAAGUAUAAACAAGCUCUUGUUGUACAUCAGAGAAUUCACACAGGAGAGAGGCCAUAUCCAUGUUCAGAAUGCGGUGAAUGUUUUAAGUAUAAAUCAUCUCUUGUUUUCCAUCAGAGAACUCACACAGGGGAGAAGCCAUUUUCAUGUUCAGAAUGUGGGAAAUGUUUUAACAAUAGUUCACAUCUUGUUAGACAUCAAAGAACUCACACAGGUGAGAAGCCAUUUUCAUGCUCAGAAUGUAGUAAAUGUUUUAAGUAUAAACAAGCUCUUGUUGUACAUCAGAGAAUUCACACAGGAGAGAAGCCAUAACCAUGUUCAGAAUGUGGUGAAUAUUUUAAGCAUAAAUCAGCUCUUGUUUUCCAUCAAAGAGUUCACACCGGGGAGAAGCCAUUUUCAUGCUCAGAAUGUGGAAAAUGUUUUAGGCAGAAAUCAGCUCUUGUUACACAUAAAAAAAACUCACAGAGAGAAGCCAUCUCCAUGCUUAGCCCUUUAGUGACCUCACUUACGUGUUUUUAUGGUAGUCAGUGUCGCUAACUGGCUUUAUUCCGUCAGACACUCCUUUUUUUUUUUUUUACACAGCGAUAAAACAGGUGGCUGAGGGCUUGGAGUGAUGAUUGGGACCACUGUGAGAGCUCCCCAAACACGUAUUGAAUGAAUACCGGUCAUCAAAUGACAGAUCCAAUUAAAAGUGAAAGUUUAUACUGUGUGUGUAUAUAUAUAUAUAUAUAUAUAUAUAUAUAUAUAUAUCCCCUCUAAACAAAAAUGAGAGAGGAAAUAAAAAAAUAAAAACUAUAGCGGCUGAUAUAAAGAGAUAACUAUCUACCUAUUCCAGCCCCAGUCUGUUCUACCUUUUUAUAAGUAUUUGUAAAAUUAAAAACAUCAAAUAUGAGCUUGUCAAGAAACCGUCAGCUCUUACUGGGUUUCAUCAGUGAUGUGCAAGUUCUCCCAACAAGUGAUCCAGGCAAGGAUUGCCUCAUUACAUAGAAGCCAUUACUCAUCCUCCUAAAGGAAUACCUUCUUAAUCUGCACACCCUGACCAAAAUGUACCUGUAGAUAAACCCAACAAGUGGGGUCCCCGCCACCCCUGUAUUUGUAGAAGUCAUGUGGUUCACUCAUCUCAAAUGAAUUUACCAGUGGGGGAAUCCUUGGUUAUUUUCUUCUUUGUAUGUUCCCACCAGCUCUGGAUUGUUUAAGUUUUAUAAUUGAAGACUUGUUAUUAAAUAUUUGUAUUGGAUAUAUUGAAUUUUUAAUCAUUUUGUUUCCUAUGACUAUUUUCAUUCCUAUUAUUGUAUGGUGAUAUUGUCUGGGUUUUUAAUCGGAUGUUUUACACCUGACAAUACUUCUACAAGUAAUGACAAUACCUCAGAUGGAGAGGGGGGGUAGUGAUCCUUUACUGUUUCUAUGGAUGAUUUUGGAUGCUGCCCCUUAAAGGGGUAUUCCCAUCACCCACUUUAGCAUUAUCUUCAACUGCCUUCCUGCUUCUCCUACUGUGCUUGUUAUGUGGGGGGAGCUAUGUUAUCACAUGAUGAUAUGCAGAGCUCUGGAUGUGUGUUCCUGAUGCUGCCAUAUAGUAAUGUGUACAGGGACUAACCAGGGAGAAACUGAGUGAGGUGCUGAGUAUAUAUAGUAUAUAGACGGUAGUCAUAUCUUACACUUUCUGAGCUCUCAUUCUCCCCAGCUGCACGGCUUGCUCCCGUCCAGGUACAUAGCCCAGCAGCUGCACAUAUAUCACUAGUAUGUCAGCUGCACGGCUUGCUCCCGUCCAGGUACAUAGCCCAGCAGCUGCACAUAUAUCACUAGUAUGUCAGCUGCACAGCUUGCUCCCGUCCAGGUACAUAGCCCAGCAGCUGCACAUAUAUCACUAGUGUCAGCUGCACUGCUUGCU